GCGCCCUCAUCUGCGAAGUCUCCUCUGAAAACUCUGCACACCGAGGAAUAUAUAAAGACAUGCAUCCCGGGAGAAGGAAGGAGACGCAGCGGUGCUAGAGGAUCGGGACCCCCCUCCUGUUGCAGGGGUUUUUGUUCCAGCAGAGAAAUCAGUUUUAAAGAAGGUGACCUCGCCGCGGAAUCCUUGCUGUCGCAUCUUCUCAUGCCGAAGCAGUAGACAGCUCCUGGUGUCGCUCCGGUUCACCUGCCGACCAGACCGCCCGCAGAGAGAAGCGCAGGAUCCCCGGGUGUCCCGUUGCCAUGGCUUCUCAUGUCCUGGCCCAGCUCCUCCUCCUGCUCUGCUGUGCUCCAGGUGUCCUCCUCCACAGCGCCACCUGGAGGCCGCAGUGGCCCCUGCAGCGAAUGCCUGUGGUGCUGCCCCAGAGCACGGAGGAGAGGCCCCGCCCACAGUUCCUGUCAGAGGCCCAGCUAGAGGUCUCCUCCCCCUGUGGGCCGGACUGCCACAGACAGGCCCCGCCCCCCAGCUACUGGGACCUGCGCAGCUACCUGUCCUACGAGACGCUGCACUCCGACGGCAGCCUGACGGAGACGGCGGUGGGGAUCUACGGGUUCGACCCCACCCAGCGGCGCGGCCCGGCCUCCCCCGGGCGGUCCCGGGCCAAGCGGCAGAUCUACGGCCCCGACAGCCGCUUCAGCAUCGUGGGCCGGGACUUCCUGCUGCGCUACCCGUUCUCCGCGGCAGUGAAGGUGUCGACGGGCUGCUCGGGCACGCUGGUGGGCGAGCGCCACGUGCUGACAGCGGCGCACUGCGUGCACGACGGGAAGAGCUACGUGAAGGGGGCACAGAAGCUGCGGGUGGGCUUCCUGAAGCCGCGGCACCGCGACGCCGCCCCGGGCAACGCCACCUCGCCCGCCGGCGCCCGCGACGGCAUGAAGUUCCAGUGGAUCCGGGUGACGCGCACCCACGUGCCCAAGGGCUGGAUCAAGGGCAGCGUCAACGACAUCGGCAUGGACUACGACUACGCCGUGCUGGAGCUGAAGAAGCCGCACCAGCGCCGCUACAUGAAGCUGGGCGUCAGCCCGGCCGCCAGCCAGCUGCCCGGCCGCAGGGUGCAGUUCUCCGGCUUCGACAACGACCGCCCGGGCCAGCUGGUGUUCCGCUUCUGCCAGGUGAGGGAGGAGACCUAUGACCUGCUGUACCAGCACUGUGACGCCCAGCCCGGCGCCAGCGGCUCCGGCGUCUACGCCCGCAUGUGGAACCGGCAACGGCGGCGCUGGGAGAGGAAGGUGAUCGGUGUCUUUUCGGGGCACCAGUGGGUCGACCGCAACGGCACCUCCCAGGAGUUCAACGUGGCGGUGCGCAUCACCCCACUGAAGUUCGCCCAGAUCUGCUACUGGAUCAAGGGCAACUAUGUGGACUGCAGAUACGGCUGAGACAGCACCAAUUACACACACACACACACACACACACAGAAACACAUGCAUGUUCACAUGCA